AUGCCGCCAGCCGGAGGGGGGGACGCUCACGUGCGACCCUCUGCUUUCCAGCCGGUAGCCGUGGCUCCCAGAAAACCACCGAUCAGACCACCAGGGUCAGUUUUAUAUUGUCCUGAGAGCUCGCAUAGGAGGCACACAAGACCAUCCACUCGAGCUCCGCUGCAGACGCACCCCUUCCCUCCCCUUCGGUUCGUCCAGACCUCCGGCGGCGGCAAGCGCGCCAGCCGCGGCAGAGCGGCCUCGGCCUUUGACAGCUCGGCUCGAGCACCUCCAGGCCUCUAG